AUGACCAAGGCCGGUAGCAAGGGCGGGAGCCUCCGCGACAAGCUGGACGGCAACGAGCUGGACCUGAGCCUCGGCAACCUGACCGAGGUCCCCGUCAAGGAGCUGGCUGCACUCCCAAAGGCCACCAUUCUGGAUCUGUCCUGCAAUAAACUCGCCACUCUACCGUCGGAGUUCUGCAGCCUGACACACCUGGUGAAGCUGGACCUGAGUAAAAACAAGCUUCAGCAGCUGCCCGCGGACUUUGGCCGGCUGGUCAACCUCCAGCACCUGGAUCUCCUCAACAACAGGCUGGUUACCCUGCCUGUCAGCUUUGCUCAGCUCAAGAGCCUGAAGUGGCUGGACCUGAAGGAUAACCCCCUGGAUCCUGCCCUGGCCAAAGUGGCAGGCGACUGCUUGGAUGAGAAGCAGUGUAAGCAGUGUGCAAACAAGGUGCUGCAGCACAUGAGGGCUGUGCAGGCUGACCAGGAGCGAGAGAGGCAGCGGCGGCUGGAAGUUGAACGAGAGGCGGAGAAGAAGCGUGAGGCUAAGCAGAGAGCCAAGGAGGCUCAGGAACGGGAAGUGCGGAAGCGGGAGAAGGCAGAAGAGAAGGAGCGCCGGAGGAAGGAGUAUGAUGCCCUCAAAGCCUCCAAGCGGGAACAGGAGAAGAAGCCGAAGAAGGAGACAAACCAGGCCCAGAAAUCAAAGUCUGGUUCCCGGCCCCGCAAGCCUCCACCUCGGAAACACACGAGGUCCUGGGCUGUGCUGAAGCUGCUGUUGUUGCUGCUGCUGCUGUGUGUGGCAGGUGGGCUGGUGGCCUGUCGGGUCACAGAGCUGCAGCAGCAGCCUGUCUGCGUCAGUGUGAACACUGUCUACGACAACGCUCUCCGGGGUCUGCGCAGCCAUGAGAUCCUCCAGUGGGUCCUCCAGACCGACUCCCAGCAGUGAGCUCAUCCCAGAUACCUGCUGCCUCCCCAGCCUUGGAGCUUGGAUUCCUAUGGAAUUGGGUUCUGCUGGACACAACCUGUUUUUAGCGUCAGACCUACCUGCCGUCAUCAAAUGGCUGCUGACUGGUACUUGAGACUCCUCUUUGUUGGACUCCUUUGUUCCUUAGGCAGGGUUUCCUGUUGGAAUAAGGAAAAAAGGGAGGUGGGGGGAGUUACCUGCAUGACUGAAGGAACAGGCCUAGGGAGGGGGAGAGGAAAAGCCUAAAAGCCUAGCCUUUCCGAGUGCCACAAAGCUGUGUAAAGGCAA